AUGGCGGAGACAUAUCUGCCCAUAUUGACGGAGGCUUUUUGGAAAAACUGCAGCGAAGGCUCCUACGACCGUAUGGAUUUCCCAAAUUGUUGUGUAGCAGUCGAUGGGAAGCAUAUAGCUAUCCAAUGUCCACCGAAUGCGGGAUCAUUGUUCUACAACUAUAAAAAGCAGCACUCAAUCGUGCUAAUGGCGAUCUGCGAUGCGCAAUACAAUUUCUUAGCUGUUGACAUUGGCGCAUAUGGCGGCAAUUCCGAUGGAAGUGUGUUUGCUUCGAGCGAAUUUGGCAAGUUACUUCUAUCCGGAACGUUGGGAUUACCUCCGCCAUCAAAGUUGCCGCACAGUACGAUUGAAUGCCCACAUUUUAUAGUUGGCGAUGCAGCUUUUCCGCUGAAACCAAGUCUGAUGCGGCCCUUCCCAGGCAAAAAUUUGACAGAAGUGCAGAGAAAUUUUAAUAAAAGGCAAUCCGCUGCACGCCGGCCCAUCGAAAACACGUUCGGGAUAAUGGUGGCGAGAUGGAGAAUACUCAAAUCUCCUUUGUGUAUGUUUCCCGAAUCCGCCGAAAAACUAGUUAAAGCAAUAGUAGUAUUACAUAACUUUGUGAAGAUCCAUAAUGAGCAUCAAUAUGCUCCACCUGAAUUCGUGGAUAGAUUCGACGAAUCAGGUAAUUUGAUUCCCGGAGAAUGGCGUACACAAGCUCAGCCGUUACCGAGUGUUACUAGUGAUGUAGUUACGCGAGGGCAUAAUGCACCACGUAAUGCAUAUCACGUGCGUAAUGAUUUGGCACAGUAUGUGAUAGAGCAUCCAGCUAAGAGAAAGUAUAAUGUUUAA